AUAUAUAUAUCUGAGUUUUGCUUUAUCUGUUAGUAAAAUCAUUCGGUUUCUUUCUAUUACCUCACAAUACGUUAUCAGCACCAAUUUUCCUCAGUUAAAAUGGGAGAUUUGAUGAAAAGACAAUUCAAUGUGCUAGACUUGUUUGGGCACAAUUUUCUGGAAUGGACUGUUGAUGCACAAAUGAAUUUAAAGCCCAAGGACUGGACCAUACCAUAAAAGAUAUACUGGUUCCAGGCACUACAGAAAUCAAAACUGCCACCGAGCAGAAAAGGCCAAAGCCAGAGUCCUUAUAAGACAUCAUUUACAUGACAGCCUGAAAACUGAAUAUCUGUUGGUGGAAAAUCCCAAAGAGUUGUGGGAUAGCCUUAAAGAAAGAUAUGGACACCAUAAAAGGGUGCUCCUACAAAAGGCUCAAUUUGACUGGACCAAUUUGAGGUUCCAGGAUUUUAAAUCUGUCAGUGAAUAUAACUCCACACUAUUCAAAAUUGUAUCAUUGCUGAAAUACUGUGAUCAAGCGGUCACAGAAGAUCAAAUGAUAGAGAAAACCUCUCCACAUUUCAUGCGAACAAUAUUGUAUUGCAACAACAAUACCGAGAGAGGGGCUUUAAGAAAUACUCUGAGCUGAUUUCUAUACUAUUAGUUGCCGAACAGAACAAUGAUCUUCUGUUGAAAAACCAUAAUCUUAGACCAACUGGGUCUAUGGCAUUCAAUGAAUCAAAUGUUGUUGAAAGGUCAAACCCACCUGAGGCAAAUGUUGCUCACAGAGGUGGACGUGGAGGAUAUAACCACCGCGGUAGAGGACGCGGAAACCACCGCGGGCGUGGCCGUGGUCAUGGUCGUGGAAGGGGUUAUCUCGCCCCUAGAAACAAUAACCACAAAGGGCAUCAACAAGGAAAUCAAAAGCAGACCCCCUCAAAAGAAAAAGACACAUGCUUUAGAUGUGGCAUGAUUGGCCAUUGGGGGAAAACAUGCCGUACUGCCAAACAUUUGGUAGAUUUAUACCAAGCAUCCAUAAAAGGCAAAGGAAAAGUUGCAGAGGCAAACUAUGUAAAUGAGGAAAAUAGCUCAGUGCCAAGCUUUGAUGUGUCUGAUUUCUUCGUGGAUAACCCUGACAAUGGCAAUGAUUUGAUAUUUGGGAAUAAUAGUAACAUAUAGAUACCCCCAUAUAAUUAUGUCAUGUAUUGUUCUAUGUAUUUCCUUAUGUAUGUUUCGAAUACCUUGUUAUAAGUUCUUAAUCAAUAAAUCUUUUAUUAUCAUCAUUUCUCUAAACUAAUUACAUAUUUAUUUAUGAAGAUAUGAAUCUACCUGAAGUUGGUUCCCAAUGUCAAUGCCUUCUGGAUAGUGCAAAAAUGCAUACUAUCUUAAAAGAUAGAAAGCAUUUUUCAAAUUUGACAAAGUUCCAAGCAAAUGUCAAUACCAUUUCCGGGACAGCAAAGCUAAUAGAAGGAUCUGGAAGAGCUUGCAUUGUGCUCACAAAUGGAACAAAAUUGAUUAUUAAUGACGCUUUAUAUUCGAGUAAAUCUCGAAGAAAUCUCUUAAGUUUUAAAGAUGUGC